GUUGUCAGACAGAAGUCGUCUCCGUCGAUCGCAGUCGGUGUGUGUGUGUUUCCACUUCGACGCGUUGGGUUCAAGCCGCGGGAUGGACCGGGGUCUUUGCGUGCGCGGUGCUCGCUCGUCUGUCCUGUGAUGCGGAGCGGAGCGCUCGUGUCGCCUCUGCGGGGAUCAGUGUCGCGGGAGCGCGCUCAGACAGGAUGAUCCGCUGGAUCCGACAGCAGCUGGGCUUCGACCCUCCCCAUCAGAGUGACACACGCACAGUCUACAUAGCAAACAAGUUCCCCCAGCACGGCCAUUAUAUUCCUCCCAGGUUUGCAGACAACAGGAUCAUCUCCUCCAAGUACACCAUAUGGAACUUCAUCCCCAAGAAUUUGUUUGAGCAGUUCAGAAGGAUCGCCAAUUUUUAUUUUCUCAUCAUCUUCUUGGUUCAGUUAAUGAUAGACACACCCACUUCCCCUAUAACCAGUGGACUUCCCCUGUUCUUUGUCAUCACAGUGACUGCCAUCAAGCAGGGAUAUGAAGACUGGCUGAGGCACAAAGCCGACAAUGAAGUGAACGGAGCACCUGUGUUUGUCGUGCGCAGCGGCAGUCUGGUCCAAACCAAAUCUAAGAAUAUCCGAGUAGGUGAUAUUGUGAGAGUAGCCAAAGAUGAGACGUUUCCUGCGGAUCUGGUGCUUUUGUCAUCGGAUCGGGCCGAGGGGACGUGCCACAUCACCACCACCAGCCUGGACGGAGAGACCAACCUGAAGACGCACUAUGCGGUGCCAGAAACAGCGGUGUCUCAGUCGGUGUCGCGGCUGGAGUCUCUGCAGGCCGUGUUGGAGUGCCAGCAGCCCGAGGCAGACUUAUACAGGUUCGUCGGGAGAAUAACAGUGACCCAACAAGGAGAGGAGAUCGUCCGACCUUUAGGACCAGAGAACCUCCUGCUUCGAGGAGCAAGAUUAAAAAACACCAAAGAAAUCUUUGGUGUGGCCGUGUACACAGGCAUGGAGUCCAAGAUGGCUCUGAACUACAAGUGCAAGUCCCAGAAGCGCUCUGCGGUGGAGAAAUCCAUGAACACGUUUCUCAUCAUCUACUUGGGCAUCCUGCUGUUUGAAGCCAUCCUCAGCACUAUUUUGAAGUACGCCUGGCAGGCGGAGAACAAGUGGGACGAGCCGUUUUACAACCAGAAGACCGCCCAGGAGAGAAACUGCAGUCAGAUCUUGAAGUUUAUUUCCGACUUCCUGGCGUUCCUGGUGCUGUACAACUUCAUCAUCCCCAUCUCGCUGUACGUGACUGUGGAGAUGCAGAAGUUUCUGGGCUCUUUCUUCAUCGGCUGGGACUUGGAUCUGUACCAUGAAGAGAGCGACCAGAAGGCCCAAGUCAACACAUCAGACCUCAACGAGGAGCUGGGCCAGGUGGAGUAUGUUUUCACAGAUAAAACAGGAACCCUCACGGAGAACGAGAUGCAGUUCAGAGAGUGUUCUAUCAACGGGAUCAAAUACCAGGAGAUCAACGGGAAGCUCGUCCCUGAAGGAAUGACUGAAGACUCUCCAGACGGAUCGCUGCCUUGUUUGAGCAGGGAGGAGGAGUUGUUCCUGAAAGCCGUCUCACUGUGUCACACGGUUCAGAUCAGCUAUGAUCAGACGGAUGGGCCGGGAGACCCCUUCUCACACGCCAACGGCUUCUCGCCUCAGAUGGAGUAUUACGCCUCGUCUCCUGAUGAGAAAGCACUAGUGGAAGCCACCAAGAGGAUGGGGGUGACGUUUAUGGGAAGCCAUGGAGAAAUCAUGGAGAUUAAAACGUUUGGAAAAGCAGAGAAGUACAGACUGCUCCACGUUCUGGAGUUUGACGCGGACCGCAGGAGGAUGAGUGUGAUUCUGCAGAAGCCCUCAGGUGAGAAGGUGCUAUUCACGAAAGGAGCCGAGUCCGCCGUUCUGCCCUACGCCACGAGCGGCGAGAUGGAGAAAACCAGAGUCCACGUGGAUGAGUUUGCUCUGAAGGGUUUGAGGACGUUGGUGGUGGCCUGCAGACACUUCAGUGCAGAUGAGUAUCAGGAAGUGGAGCGGCGGCUCCAUGAGGCCAGAACGGCUCUGCAGCAGAGAGAGGAACGACUGGUCGAGGUCUUCAACUUCAUCGAGAAAGACCUGGAGCUGCUGGGAGCGACCGCCGUGGAGGACAAGCUGCAGGACAAGGUCCAGGAGACGAUUGAAUCUCUGCGACUGGCUGGGAUCAAGGUGUGGGUGUUGACCGGUGACAAGCAUGAGACGGCGGUCAGCGUGAGCCUCUCUUGUGGUCACUUCCAUCGCACCAUGAACAUCCUGGAGCUGGUGCAGCAGGAGUCCGAGUGCGAGUGUGCCGUGCAGCUCCGCAGACUGGCCCGCAGGAUCCGAGAGGAUCAUGUGAUCCAGCACGGGCUGGUCGUGGACGGGGUCAGCCUUUCCCUGACUCUGCGGGAACAUGAGAAACUCUUCCUGGAGGUGUGUAAGAGCUGCUCGGCGGUGCUCUGCUGCAGGAUGGCACCUCUCCAAAAAGCCAAGGUGGUGAGACUCUUGAAGACUUCUCCUGAGAAGCCCAUCACGUUAGCCAUCGGAGACGGAGCCAACGACGUCAGUAUGAUCCAAGAGGCUCACGUCGGUAUCGGAAUCAUGGGCAAAGAAGGAAGACAAGCCGUCAGAAACAGCGACUAUGCAAUCGCCCGGUUCAAGUUCCUCGCCAAACUGCUGCUUGUGCACGGCCAUUUCUACUACAUCAGAAUAGCAACCCUUGUGCAGUACUUUUUCUACAAGAAUGUGUGCUUUAUCACUCCACAGUUUUUAUACCAGUUCUUCUGUUUGUUCUCACAACAAACCCUUUAUGACAGCGUGUAUCUGACGCUGUAUAAUAUCUGCUUCACCUCUCUGCCCAUCCUGGUGUACAGUCUGUUUGAGCAGCUGGUGCAUCCAGACGUUCUGCAGAGCAAACCAGCGCUUUACAGAGACAUCAGUAAAAACUCCCUGCUGUCCUUCAAGACCUUCUUGUACUGGACCUUCCUGGGCUUCUGCCACGCCUUCGUCUUCUUCUUCGGCUCCUACAUCCUGAUGGGAGAAGACACCACGCUGAUGGGGAACGGCCAGAUGUUUGGAAACUGGACGUUUGGCACUCUAGUAUUCACGGUGAUGGUUAUUACGGUCACGCUGAAACUGGCCUUAGAGACACAUUUCUGGACGUGGAUGAACCACUUUGUCACAUGGGGCUCCAUCGCCUUCUACUUCAUCUUCUCCUUGUUUUAUGGCGGCAUCAUCUGGCCAUUUCUUCACACGCAGGACAUGUACUUCGUCUUUGUUCAGCUGCUGUCCAGUGGCUCGGCCUGGUUUGCCAUCUUCAUCAUCGUCAUCACCUGCCUGUUUCCUGAUGUCAUCAAGAAAGUCUUUUACAGGCACCUGCAGCCCACCAACACGCAGAAAUCUCAGUUUAUUGAGGACUACCAGGGCAUCGGAUGCGUGGACUCCAUGUGCUGUUCCUCGGAGGGGCAGAACGUCUGCUCACGGCUGGGCCGGCUGGUGGAGCGAAUGAUGAGCCGCUGUGACCCCGCUCGGGCCACCAGAUCUUUGAGUGACUCGGACACCUUCUUUUCCAACGACCGGAGCAUCCUGACGCUCUCGCCCAUGGAGGUCUCUCAUUGUUAAUGCACCAGCCCAAAAAGGAUCCGCUCGUAGAGUGUGGAGAUGUCUGACCUUUACCCCGUCCCCCUGCCCGUGCCCAGUCACCAGCCCGACUGUCACACUUUAGAUUCUCUGUUAAUCAGAGCAUCAUGUCACAUGUGAUCAGCAACCAGGGACAGGCAGUGGCUCCAGCAAAAACCAAAGGAUUUGUGUGUCUUGAGUUUCUGCUGCUAGCAAACCCACGGAACUGUACGCAAAGAACCACCUUUUUUCCUGAGGAAAACGAGGGGGUCUUUUUGAAGCCAUAAUUUUCCCUUUUAAUUGCCUGAUUUUCAAGGUAUUAAAUGUGAGUGCCAUGUAGCGCUAGCUCACAAACCUGUAGCCUCCUAUCCUUAGAUGCCUACCUGUACACCCAGCCUGAGUUGUGGUUCGUACAGAAUUAUCAUGAUGCAAGAAUGUCGCGAUGGAGUUUUUGAUUGAAAACUCACAUAUCAUCCUUGAACUCGAUCACUUUAACCUCCAUCUGCCAUGUGCCUGCAUAUAAUUUCUUGUUUUCCUGUCUUGCACAUGCUAUGUUGUCAUCUCUAACCAUUGUCAACGGUUAAUUUAUCAUUGUUGCUGUGUUCCGUGUUUUCUGCUUGUGUUGCUAACCACUUGUCAAAGCUGUUUUGUUUUGAUUAUUUUUUAAUUUGCGUGUGUACGUGUGUGUGUAUUUAAUCACGUAUGAGGGUAUAGUCAGAGUAAAAGGAAUGAAAUUCAUCCUACAUGGGCCGUGGGAUAUUGUAAGGCCGGAGCAUUGAGACAACCGUUUUAAACUUGCUUAGAUCAACUAUAUUGAAGUUUAUGAUAUCAGACUGCAUGCUACACUUGGGUCAAUCUGUCUCAAUAACCGUGUAAAAGAGGACUACGUCAACUGGACCUAAAUGCUCCUGAUUUGAGGAGUCUAGUCUUGGGGUUUUUUCUUUAUUUUUGAUGCAAAGACCUUGAUGCCCUGGAUCUCACAGGUAUCAGUUGGAAUCUGGUGCCGUGACCCUGUGGAAGUUGGAAGUCCGAUUUUCUUAUUUUUAUGAAGUAUGGUUACGUUAUGAAUUUUGGUUUCCUCUAUUUUGGUACUUAUUCUAUCUAGUUUUUUAUUGGUAUAUCACUCUUUUCAUAUCAAAAUUCAAACCCAAAAUGACUCCUGACCGCUGAUCAUUACUAUUUCAUAUCUUGUGUUGAACGGCAGAGGUGCUUUGCUGUAUAAUGUAUUGUCUUCAAUUAUAUAGCAAUGCAGUAUGUCAUUUGUUACUCAGAGACAUUAGCAAUAAGACUCAAUCUAGACUGGAAAUACCUGAUCUAGCUGUGAUGUCAGUCAUCCAUGUUGCGGUUUCAUCUUUUUUGUGUAAACAUGUUCUUUUAAUUGUACUCUCCUUACAGUGAAUAUGUUUCAUUGCUGAUGUUUAUGAAAGUUCUAUUUGCAGAAUAAAUAUCUUUAUAAAAUCUA